UUUGCCUCGCGCCGACCCCGCCCCUGGAACUACGCUCCCGUCGUGCUCCGCGGCUCCAGGCGGAGACGAGGCGGGGCAGGCCGGUUGCUAAGACUUGGCGAAGCGCAACGCUCGCGCCCGCGUCCCUCAGGUGGCUGCAGGCUUCAGCCGGCGCCGGUCGGCGAAGAAGAGAUGUCAGAAAAGGAGAACAACUUCCCGCCGCUGCCCAGGUUCAUCCCCCUGAAGCCCUGCUUCUACCAGAACUUCUCCGAUGAGAUCCCGGUGGAGCACCAGGUCCUGGUGAAGCGGAUCUACCGACUGUGGAUGUUUUACUGCGCCACCCUUGGCGUCAACCUCAUCGCCUGCCUGGCCUGGCUGAUCGCCGGAGGCCCGGCAUCCAACUUCGGCCUGGCCAUCGUGUGGCUGCUCCUGUUCACGCCCUGCAGCUACGUGUGCUGGUUCCGGCCCGUCUACAAGGCCUUCCGAGCCGACAGCUCCUUCAACUUCAUGGCGUUUUUCUUCAUCUUCGGAGCUCAGUUUGUCCUGACGGUCAUCCAGGCGAUCGGCUUCUCCGGCUGGGGCGCGUGUGGCUGGCUGUCAGCAGUCGGGUUCUUCCAAACCAGCGUGGGUGCUUCCGUGGUCAUGCUGCUUCCAGCCAUCAUGUUCUCCGUGUCGGCGGCCAUGAUGGCCAUCGCUAUCAUGAAGGUGCACAGGAUCUACCGAGGUGCUGGUGGAAGCUUCCAGAAGGCACAGACGGAGUGGAGCACAGGCACGUGGCGGAACCCGCCGUCAAGGGAGGCCCAGUACAACAACUUCUCAGGCAGCAGCCUGCCCGAGUACCCCACUGUGCCCAGCUACCCGGGCAGUGGCCAGUGGCCUUAGGAGACGGGGUUUCUCCGUGGUGGUCGUCACUCCUGACUGAGGUGAUCCACACGCCCCGGCUUCCCAAAGUGCUGGAAUGACAAGUGUGAGCCACCGCGCCUGGCCUGGAGUGGCCUCUUAGGAGGAGAGGGGACCCGUCAAAUCUGUGCCUUAUGUAGGGGUCCGGCAGCGGCCACGAUUGUUUUCCCUCGUCCCCCGACUCCCCCACAAACGCCUCCACCCUCCACGGGGCAUUUCCACAGCCCCAUUCACAACGGUUGGGCCAAAAAGAAACUUUUCCUCCGUCAUUUCCUGGACUCGCUGGCCACGACUUUGGGGACAUUCCCGGCUGCCGGCCCUCACCACCGUUCAACCCCGGGACACUUGCCGUGGGACUCCGCUGUCCUGGGCCUCCCUAGACAUGGGCCAGUCGCCUGGUUGGUACAGAAUGCUGUUGGGUGCCCGGAGGUGGCCAUGGUUUCGGGAGGCUGGCAGCCAGGAUGGAGCACCCACGGGUCCCACGUCCAUGCUUCUUGUCUUCAGGUCCUGCCCCCGGCUGAUCUCCUGUCAAAGGGCCCCCCCCCUUCCCCAGCCUCACAGCUGUGCUUGGCUGUGCCCAUGAAGACCAAGUCCCCUCUGGCAGGCCCGCCCCGCCCCCCCAGCGGUGGUGUUGGGAUUUUGUUAUGUGAAAAUAUCCUGGAAAUAAAUGCAUCUCUGCACCAGA